AUGGCGUCUAAUUAUCCAGACCCCGCGCAAAGGAGCAGCCCAAUGGGCCCUCCCAAGCAGCCUGCCUCAAAGGCCUACAACAACCAUCAUCACUUGAUGUCGCCUCCGGAUCACGUUCAGGAUAGUUUUCAUCACAAUCAAUACGACGCUGGGAAGCCUGCCUCUUCUAGAACCGAUUACGAGAAGCACCGAAUGCCAAUGUCUCCUCCAAUUUCGCCUUAUAACCAGCCCGUCUCGACGGCAGAGGUGCCAACCGGGCCCUCCAAUGCGAUUAAGGAUCCCCUUCUUUAUCCCACAGACGAAGUGCCAUCUAGCCCUGCUCAACAACCUCUCUUCGCUUCCGCUGAGGUUGAGGAAGAUCACGAUAAAAUCAUUGAUGGACAUAUUCGUGCUCGCGCUCAAUCCCCAGCAACUUUUGGCAUGACCUCACCGCCGAAUCGUGAGCAUUAUGGUCUGGUUCUUUCUUUUAAAUCUCAAGUCAUGAAGCACUAUCAACAAGAUCCCCGGGGCUGGCUCCGACAAGAGCGUCGCUACCUCCAAGACGAACAAGCCGCUCGAAACGCUCAUGGUAAACGUUUCCCAAAGAUCAUGCCAGCCAAAACCGUCAAGGCACCUCGACAGCGCGGCGAUCGGGUCCAGAAGCCCCAAUCCACGCCGCGGCCGAUCCGUACCCACCCUCCCGUCUGCCCCAGUCCCGGCGCCGGCAUCGUGCGACCUGCUCGCCGUGUUAGUGCCACUCCUGAGCCGUCUCGUCGUGCCGUUGCUCCUAAUCGUGAGGACAAGGACUUCGCCUCGCUGGAGAAUUACUGCCCACCUCUUGAUUCGUUGCCAAGCAAACUCAACAGCCUCAAGGUGGAGUGGAAGGGCCAACCACUCGAUCUCAGCAACGAUCCAAACAGGAUGCACCUUCACCCUGAUGAAGUGUCCCUAGCAAGCAGCCUGCGCCUGGAUGCUGCCACCUAUCUGACUAGCAAGAGGCGUAUAUUUAAACAGAGACUUGAUUGUUACCGCCGCAAGAAAGAGUUCCGCAAGACGGAUGCUCAACAGGCAUGCAAGAUCGAUGUGAAUAAAGCCUCGAAGCUGUGGACUGCCUUUGAAAAGGUCGGCUGGCUCAAUCCAAAGUGGAUGGAGCAGUACCUGUGA